CAUUCAAGACGAACCUGAUUGAGAAUAAUGCAGCCUACCAAAGUCAGGGCCAAGAAAGUUUCCUCUCUAGACUCAGAAAAAAAGUUUCCUCUCGCGUGUAAGGGCUCUGUCAGAUAGAGUCCGGACGGCCCGACCCUACCCUGCCGUCGGCGAGGAGCAAGGAUGACGGCGCCGAGGAGGUGGAGGUUCGCGAUGGUCUGCUCGUCGAACAUGAACCGGAGCAUGGAGGCGCACGCGGUGCUGGGCCGCGCGGCGCUCGACGUCGAGUCCUACGGCACCGGCUCCCAGGUGAAGCUCCCAGGCCCGUCGAUGCACGAGCCCAACGUCUACGACUUCGGCACCCCUUACGGCGGCAUCUACGACGACCUCCGCCGCAAGGAUCCCGACCUGUACAAGAGGAACGGCCUACUGCCAAUGCUGAAGAGGAACAUCUCGGUGAAGCUGGCGCCGCAGAGGUGGCAGGAUAACGCCGGCGAUGGGGUGUUUGAUAUGAUACUCACCUUUGAGGAGAGGGUCUUCGACUUAGUCGUUGAAGAUAUGAAUAACCGUGAGCAGAGGUUAUUGAAGAGCGUGCUGAUAAUCAAUAUGGACGUGAAAGAUAACCAUGAAGAAGCUGCUAUUGGGGCAAAGCUUGCUUUGGAUUUAUGCCACAAGCUUGAAGCAGUGGCUGGUGAUUGGGAGGAAAUAAUCGAUGACCUGAUUGCUGCAUUCGAGAAGCAGCACAAGCGGAAGCUCACAUACUACAUCUCGUUUUACUGACUUGACACCGCCUUGCCCCUUGUCACAGAGGCUCGCUAGUUUAACCUGAUGUUUGGAUGGUCAGGAAACAGUAGAAAACCGAGUAGCAUUGUGCUGCUCUGCUGAUGGUGUAGAAAAGACUACAUGUAACAACUCUUCUCCUCAGGUGUCCGUCCUGGUUGAGCAGCUUUAUCAGAUUUUGACGUGCCCUCAGGUUAGGUGUCUUGUUCAUUUGACCGGUCA